UAAUAUGUUAUUUGCGUCUUUUAAAAAAUGACGGUAAAAAAUUAACUGACGAGAAUAAAGGAACAAAUUUUAAAAUUGCUUUUCAUUUUACGUCUGUUAUUAACACUCGACUAUUGUGUUAGCGAGGUUUUAAAAACGACACAAAAUGAAAUAGAAGAGACAGCAACCGACGUAAUAAAAUGUAAAAUCCUUAAAACCUAAUCAGAUGCCUACUGUUCACAACCUAACUCUCUUCAAAUUUGCUCUGGCGAAACAGGCGGCUCCUCUGUCCUCUUUGAUACUGCGCCCAGUCGAAGAGAACCAAAGGGCUCGAGUGGAUUCAACUACACCCCAUCUCAUCCACUUCAAAAAGUGUAAUCCCUAAAAGUUGGUUUCCUCUCACUCGUGAUUCUCCCUCCCUCACAUUUUUCUCUCGCUAUUUUUGUCGAUAUACCCUAAACGCAUACUCCCGUCUCUCGAACCAACUCGCAUUUUGUGUCCCUUGCUUCUUGGUCUGCCGCCGCCGCCGGAGUAGCCUUCACAGAGGACCAUGUCACAGACAAUAAUAAGAACAUUGAGAUGAAACAUCCUGGAAAUAUUAGUUUUGGAACUACAGAGGUAGUAUAUAGUGUUGGAGCUUGCUCAGAGCGUAAAAGAUUCGUCGAAUUGUCAAGUGAAAAUAAGGAUGAAAUUAUCAAUCGGAUGGAUGUUUUGAAUCCCCAGAGAAGAGAUAGAUCGACUGAAGUUGGACUGUCUACAAAGAAAAGAGGAGAAUUCGAAGGAAAUCACUGGAAAUGGCCAUUAAUAAUGACUGGAGCUAUUCUUGAAAUCUCUAGCUGUUCCCAGCCGAUACAAGUUAAUGGCUCUUCAACUUUGACACUGCAUCCUACACUGUGUUUGACACGCUCUUGGAUUCAAGCUACAUAUGCUUGGUGAUCUUGGGGUUUCCUACUGUUUGUAGCUGAAAUUUCAGAGUGGAGACUCAACUCAGUGUACUUAACAAGAAAAUGACAAAAGGAAUAUUUUGUAUACUAACACAAUUUUGGUAUUAUGUGAUUAGUUAAAAGAGUUGAUUACUAAUUUUAUAUAAGUUUUAAAAAUGUUAUUA